AUGACGGCAACCACUCCAUACACCCCCUUCCGUCUUGCGACGUCUCAUAACCUCGAGUCGACGGGGUACAUACUGGACGUCCAGGUGUCGCCACACGGAGGGAAUCUAGUAGCGCCGACGUCUUCGGGAGCGGUGCAUGUGUUCGACGCUGGGACUUUGGAGGGGGUCAAUACCUUGAACGUAACGGACGGUUCCAGUCGAGACGUGCUCUCUGAGGUUGCGUUUGACACCGCAAAUCCGUCGCUGUUAUGGUCGGGAUCAAAAUCUGGGCAUAUCAAGCUAUGGGAUCUAAGGAGCGGCGAGGCGGGUCUUACACUGGAUGGUAGGUCGUACAUGAUUUCAGCCAGGGCUCCUGUCCUAUGUCUGGCAGUCAAUAGUACACGUACGCUUCUUGCUGCUGGGACUGAGCUGGUUGGAGAGGAUGCUAUGAUUCCAAUAUGGGACAUCAGAGCUCAUCCAACUCCUGCCACCACCUUCAUGGAGUGUCACUCUGACGAUAUCACUCAGCUUCGCUUCCACCCGAGCGACCCGAAUGCCAUGAUAUCCGGAUCCACGGAUGGACUGAUCUGCCUUUACAACCUUGCGACAUUAGAGGAAGACGAUGCACUGUAUCAGGUCAUCAAGGAGGACUCCAUUAGCAAGAUCGGAUUCUUCGGACCGGCAUACGAGUAUAUUUAUUGCCUCAGUCAUAUGGAGACAUUCUCGCUAUACAAGUUCCUGGAAGGCGACAAGGUCUUUUCGUUUGGGGAUGUGAGGGCGGAUAGUGAGGCUCAGCAAAUGAAGGUGGACUACCUGAUUGACUGUGUCUAUGACGCUGCUGGUCAGCGUAUGUUUUUGGUGACUGGGGAUCAGAGCGGAAACAUGGGUGUCCUCCACGUCAACCUCGGCCGGCUAGAACUGGUUCACACCAUCAACGGGGGCCACACAGAUAUCGUUCGGGGCGUGCAUUGGGACCUGCAGCGAGGAAGCCUCGUGUCAGGCGGCGAAGACGGGAUCGUUUCUUUAUGGCAGAAUUCGUAG